AUGGUGUCUAGUAACGCCACGCUUACGAAUCCGACGCAACGCGAAUCCAUGCCGGAUUCUGUAAUUGCGGAUCUAUUCGAUGCGAUUGAAAUUCGAUCCGUGGAAUGGAAAUUGGCUAACGCUGAAGAGCCGAGAAGUCGUUCGUUCUGUGUGUCGUCACGAAUUUUCACCGUCGUCGUCGUCGUCGAGAAUCCGCACGCACGCAACGGAAUGGCAGCAUUUUUUCGUAAAUUAUUCGCUCCAAAGAAACAACGACAGACACGAAAGGACUCGAUAACCGGCCGAAAUAAGACCUUGGGUGUUCCGUAUCUGUCACGGUUGGAAGGGAAUCAUCUGCAGCCAGGACAAUCGUUAAUAGUGAGAGGAAUCGUAACAGGCACCGACUCUUUUGUAAUAAACCUUACAUCGGGCCCGUUAGUGGAAGCAGAUGAGCCAGGAGAGGUCCUCGACAAUCGCUUGCUGUCAAUUCGUUGCGAUGUUGGAAAAGCAAAAAUCUGUUUUAAUGCAUGUGUGGAUGGCGAAUGGGGGAAAGAGGGAGCAAUAAAACAACGUUAUCGUGUACACGAUGAAUUCGAUAUUCGAGUUAGGUGCUUCGAGGAUCAGUUUCAUAUCUACGUCGAACAUCGAUUGGUUGCAAAAUUCGCUCAUUACGUACCAAUGAAUAACAUUUCACAUGUGUACGUGAACGGGAACGUGCUACUCUACGGAGUUUCGUGGGAGGGGAAAUUCUACCAAGUCCCAUACGCGGCCGAUAUUCCGGGAAAUUUCUACGCAGGACGACGUCUCUUUGUAUCUGCUAUAGUCCCGAAAUCAGCAAAACAAUUCAGUAUUGAUUUUCAUGCUGGAACGGAUCUAGCCACAAGGAUCAGAACCGUAUUCCCGUUAAAGAAGGUUCUUCGUACAUCACGAACGAAUGAUCGUUGGGGACCAGAGGAAAGAAUCGGAGAUGCAGAUUUUCCUUUCAAGAGAAAACAUACUUUCGAUUUAUUGAUCUAUUGUGGAGAGAAAAAGUUUGAGGUGUUCGUGAAUGAUUGCCCAUUCGCCAGCUUCGAUCAUCGUGUACCAUCCGAUCAAAUCAAUAAACUAUCGAUUGAGGGAGACAUUAUCCUUCUUGGUGUUCAUCUUAAAUGA